CCCCAGGACCCCAGCAUGCCGGACAGCAGAGUGACCCCGCAGGAGAGCCGGCUGGAUGCGAGCCUGGGGACCACCCAAGGACACUUGGGAACCAGCUCCCUGACUGACGGGCACACACUCUCCAAAGAGCCCCUAAGCCAUGCUCUCAAGCUCUCGUCCCCAGCGAAGGUGAAAGAUGCCCAGUUGAAUUCUCCAGAGGAGGCGCUGUGGACAACUCGGGCCGAUGGGCGCGUCCACCUGCGCAUAGACCCCAGCUGCCCACAGACUCCCUACACUGUGCAUCGGAUGUUCUGCGAGGCUCUGGACAAGUACGGGGACCUCAGCGCUCUGGGCUUCAAGCGACAGGGCAUGUGGGAGCACAUCUCCUACAACCAAUACUACCUGCUGGCCCGCAAAGCCGCCAAGGGCUUCCUAAAGCUCGGCCUGGAGCGGGCCCACAGCGUGGCCAUCCUCGGCUUCAACUCCCCGGAGUGGUUCUUCUCGGCAGUGGGCACAGUAUUCGCAGGUGGCAUCGUCACUGGCAUCUACACAACCAGCUCCCCUGAAGCCUGCCGGUACAUCGCCCAUGACUGCCGUGCCAACAUCAUCGUGGUCGACACGCAGAAGCAGCUGGAAAAGAUCCUGAAGAUCUGGAAAAACCUGCCACACCUGAAGGCAGUAGUGAUAUUUCAAGAACCUCCUCCGACAAAGAUGGCCAAUGUGUACACGAUGGAGCAGUUCAUGGAUCUGGGGAAUGAGGUGACUGAGGAGGCCCUGGACACCAUCAUCAAUGCCCAGCAGCCUAACCAGUGCUGCGUGUUGGUCUACACGUCAGGCACCACUGGGAACCCCAAGGGCGUGAUGCUGAGUCAAGACAAUAUCACAUGGACAGCACAUUACGGCAGCCAGGCUGGUGACAUCCAACCCGCAGAAGUCCAACAGGAGGUGGUGGUCAGCUACCUGCCCCUCAGCCACAUUGCUGCCCAGAUCUAUGACCUGUGGACAGGCAUCCAGUGGGGGGCCCAGGUCUGCUUUGCUGAGACUGAUGCCCUGAAGGGGAGCCUGGUGAACACGCUGAGGGAAGUGGAGCCCACGUCCCACAUGGGGGUGCCGCGGGUGUGGGAGAAGAUCAUGGAGCGGAUCCAGGAGGUGGCGGCUCAGUCUGGCUUCAUCCGGCGCAAGAUGCUGCUGUGGGCCAUGUCAGUGACCUUGGAGCAGAACCUCACCUGCCCGAGCAGCGAUCUGAAGCCCUUCACAACCCGGCUGGCAGAUUACCUGGUGCUAGCCAAAGUCCGCCAGGCACUGGGCUUUGCCAAGUGUCAGAAAAACUUCUACGGAGGAGCCCCCAUGACCGCGGAGACACAGCACUUCUUCCUGGGCCUCAACAUCCGCUUGUAUGCGGGCUAUGGCCUCAGCGAGACCUCGGGCCCUCACUUCAUGUCCAGCCCCUACAACUACCGGCUCUACAGCUCCGGCAAGGUGGUGCCGGGCUGCCGGGUGAAGCUGGUGAAUGAGGAUGCAGAGGGCAUCGGAGAGAUCUGCCUGUGGGGCCGCACGAUCUUCAUGGGCUACCUGAACAUGGAGGACAAGACGUGUGAGGCCAUUGAUGCCGACGGCUGGCUGCACACGGGCGACUCAGGCCACCUGGAUGCUGACGGCUUCCUCUACAUCACUGGGCGUCUCAAAGAAUUGAUCAUCACGGCUGGCGGGGAGAAUGUGCCCCCUGUGCCCAUUGAGGAGGCCGUGAAGACAGAGCUACCCAUCAUCAGCAAUGCCGUGCUGAUCGGGGACCAGAGGAAGUUCCUGUCCAUGCUGCUCACCUUGAAGUGCACUCUGGAUCCUGAUACCUCUGACCCAACUGAUAAUCUGACCGAGCAAGCUGUGGAGUUCUGCCAGAGGGUGGGCAGCAAAGCUGCCACGGUAUCGGAGGUCGUGGGGAAGAAGGAUGAGGCCGUGUAUCAGGCCAUUGAAGAGGGGAUCCAGAGAGUCAACAUGAAUGCAGCUGCCCGACCCUACCACAUCCAGAAGUGGGCCGUUCUUGAGAGGGACUUCUCCAUUUCGGGUGGAGAGUUGGGUCCCACAAUGAAGCUGAAACGGCUCACAGUCCUAGAGAAGUACAAAGAUAUCAUCGACUCCUUUUACCAAGAGCAAAAAAAGUAAUCAGGGGUCGUCCUUCCCGGGUUUCUCCUGAAGGUGGCAGGCUGAGUAUUUUCCUGACCCCCCCCCAGGUCCUCUUCAGUCUGGGCACAUGCACUUCUGGCAAGUCUGUUAGGUUCUCUGGGUCAGGUACGGUCCUGGCAUCUACAUUUGCCAGGUCUUAUGCCGAGAGGCUUCAUGUGUGGAUAGUUUUAAAAGAAGUAUUGCUUUUUGUUUGGGUGACAAGUGAGAUCAACUCUCUUUCCAGAACUAAAGGGCUGACUUUUUGGCCUUAGUUCCAGGUAGAUUUAACAGGCUGCUAGCUCACUUAACAGGAGGCUGGGUGUUGGGGGAGGGAGGAGGGGGAAGAUGGCUCGGCUAACCAGUGUGCCGCAGGGAAAGCGCUCAGUUG